AGGAUAUUUAUUGAAUCCUCGUCAAAUUGUGAAGAAUGAAAGUUUUGUUGCCUUUCGUUUGUGUCGUUCUGUUCGUUGCAUUCACGACAGCAGAUAUUGUGGGAGGUAUGUACCAUCCUUCGUACAAACUUGAAAAUUAAUAAUUUUCAUUGUUUUUCAGUGAAAUUAAAGCCCAAAGUAAACUGGGUAACAUUAAAGAAACUAUAGUUCUCUUGACUUAGUUAAGGCAUGCAACCCAACUAAAAAACAUAUUUUCCUGACUUGUAAUCGUCGAGGGAAACAACCUGGGGAAGGUAAGCAUCGGUGAAGUCUAAGUUCAUCAAUAAUCGCGGGCGCGUGGCUAUGAUCCAAGGGUGGACCUCCUCACUGAUCUCAAAAAUAUAGCUGUUUGCCAGGAGUGGGGAUAAGCAAGAUUUCGUUUCAUAUAAUGAGCUUUGAAGCAAUUUUUAUUUGCAGAAAUGAGAAGAAUUGAUUUACUUAGGGAAAUCAUGAAAUCUUAUUAUUUAAGAGCAAGGCGUGAAAGACACAUCGUUUUAGCACUCUAACCACUGAGUUAAUCCUGCCAUUGUGGGUCGAGGCUUGGAGAUUAAUUCUAGGUUAGGGGACUGCUCUGUAAUGGUAAACUCUUCUUUUGUGCUUUAAGAGGUUUUCUUCGAGUUUUGUCAGCAAGAACAACAUCGUAGGUCUUAGCCGUUGUCAAGCACGUUUGUCACGAGCCUCUGACUCGGGUGAAUUGGGCAACCACGCAAUCAAUAUUAAGCAACUCAUUAUUAACAAUAUAAUUAAAUGACUCAUUAUCUUUUAAGAUUCAGCUGAAGAAAUAGAAAAACGUGCGGCAUAUCCCACAAUCACUUUCCCGUGUGGUGCUGGCACUGUUAUGCCAAAUGUUUGUCGAAACAUGAGAAACGCCAUUGCAAAAGGUCACCCAACACUUCUUCAACGCAUCACGGACAAGAAAGCCAUAGACAAGAACAGACGUGACUCUGGAUGCACAAAAAUGCCUAAAACACCAGGCAAUAACUGUGACGAAUAUCCCUUUGCUUCAUCCAAGCAAGGUACGAAGUGUCCGCAUUCAAGAGGCGUCCGUACAGGAAAGCUGUUCCGUAAUUGAGAGGUUUCUUUAUUAGAGUAGUGACCGUAUCAGAGAGGUACCCUAAUGGAGAGAUGCCUGUAAUAGAGGGGUUUCUGUAUUUAGAGAGCUGUCCGGAUUAAAGAAUUGUCCGUAUUAGAGAGGUUUCUGUAUUAGAGAGGUGUCUGUAUUAGAGAGGUGUCUGUAUUAGAGAGAUGUCUGUAUUAGAGAGGUUUCUGUAUUAGAAAGGUGUCUGUAUUAGAGAGGCAUCUGUAUUACAGAGAUGUCUGUAUUAGAGAGGUUUCUGUAUUAGAGAGGUUUCUGUAUUAGAGAGGUUUCUGUAUUAGAAAGGUGUCUGUAUUAGAGAGGUGUCUGUAUUAGAGAGAUGUCUGUAUUAGAGCGGUAUCCGUAUUAGAGAGGUUUCUGUAUUAGAGAGGUUUCUGUAUUAGAAAGGUGUCUGUAUUAGAGAGGUGUCUGUAUUAGAGAGAUGUCUGUAUUAGAGAGGUUUCCGUAUUAGAGAGGUUUCUGUAUUAGAGAGGUGUCUGUAUUAGAGAGGUGUCUGUAUUAGAGAGAUGUCUCUAUUAGAGAGGUGUAUGUAUUAGAGAGGUGUAUGUAUUAGAGAGGUGGCUGUAUUAGAGAGAUGUCUGUAUUAAAAAUGUACAUAUUAGAAAUGUGUGUCUGUAUCAGAGAUCGAGGUGUCCGUAGUGAAGAGACGUUCGUAUUAGAAAGGUGUGUCUGUAUUAGAGCGGUACCCGUAUUAGAGAGAUGUCUGUACUAGAGAGGUGUCUGUGUUAGAGUGGUGUUCGUAUGUAUUAGAUGAAGAAGUCUUAUAAGAAGAAAGGUGUCUAGAUAACAGAGAUGUGUCAGUAUUAGAAGGGUGUACGUACCAAAAAGUUGUCUGUAUUAGAGAGGUGUUCGUAGUAAAGAAACGAACGUAUUAGAAAGGUGUGUCUGUAUUAGAGCGGUAUCCGUAUUAGUGAGGUGUCUGUAAUGGAGAAAUGUCUGUGUUAGAGCGGUAUCCGUGUUAGUGAGGUGCCUGUAAUGGAAAGAUGUCUGUAUUAGAGCGGUAUCCGUAUUAGAGAGGUGUCUGUAUUAGAGAGAUGUCUGUAUUAGAGAGAUCUCCGUAGUGAAGAAACGAACGUAUUAUAAAGGUGUGCGUAUUUCAGUAGAUCUGUAUUCCUGAUUAUCACUCUUGCCAUUCAACCUUUCAGAGUCGUUCUUGACCAUGAACAUUUUCUUCAUUUUUCUAGGUGGAAAAGGUGCUGAAACUAUGCUUGUCCCAAUACGUGAAAACUGCAAGCAAGGUGGUUUGUUGGGCGGUUUUUAUAAAAAGAAUGGAAUUAAAGAUGGUGACUAUUACAAUGUGGUAGUUUAAUAAAUCUUCCUUUAGGCCUACUCUGAGAUAGUAUUUGGUUAUAUUUUAACUUUCGUUAAAUUACAUUUCAACUUUAAUUUCCAAGUCAUAAUUUAAGUUUUAAGUUAAUCUUGUAAAAUUUUUGUUGAAGAACA